AUGAGUGGGAAGAUCGAGAUCCUCUCACCGAAGGAUGGGGCCCGCAUCGACAAGUCCGAUCCCAAGGGGUUCGCUCUGCAUGUCAGAGUACACGACUUCAGCAUCCCAGCCGAAGGUCACGGCAAGAUCUUCCUGGAUGACGAGAUGAUCGCCGUGAUGGAGGAGUCCGAGGCGUACUUCGAGGUUGGGAACCUGAGGGAGAUAGAGGCGGGGGUCCAUGCUAUCACCUUGAGGCUGUACGACCUGGAUGAGAACAUGGUGGGGAUAGAGUCAAGCUCCAAGUUUGAGCUGAUCUCGCAUGGAGGAGAAGAUCCGCUCAAACCUGCAGACGAUCCGAAGAGAGGAAGGGGCGAUGGGGUCAGGCAGCAGAGCACGAGGGAGGAGGAUCCUUGCGCCAUGGACCUGUCCAAGACGACAGUCUCUGGAUUGGAUCGAGCUUCUGCUGGCAUCAGCAAUGAGUUCACCAUCUUCCCACGCAACAGGCGGGGGUUGCUGAUCCACCCGGAAAAGUGCAAGAGACCGUUGGAACUGACGGUUGUUGUGAUACCCGCUCCUCUAGACCACAGGAUGAUUCGGGAUGAGGAGGGUAGGUACGUGUGCUCGUGGACCUCAGAGUAUGCAGGAACCGUGAAGGUGGAGAUCAAGUACGGCAAGGACGGGAGCCGAUCAGAACACGUUCAGGGGAGUCCCUUCACUGUUGAGGUCCGGCAGAUGUAUACAGUGUUCGCUGAAGGUCCGAUCAACCCCAAGCCCUCGCCUUACAAUGGACACUAUCUUCAUUCCUCCAGGGAGCGUCAUCAUCACAUACCUGAAGUUGCGAGAGGGGAUCCACUGGUGGAAGGGGGAGACAAGAAAGGAAUCGAUGAGCUCUGCUCUGGCAGGCCACAGAAUGGCCUAAUGGGUCGAUGUGCUUUUGUUACCAUGAUCUCUUCGGAUUCGUACUUGUCAGGGAGCAAGAUUGAUUUUGUUGGGAUGGUAACAAAAGACGGCAUCUCGCCACACACAUUGAAUUCAUUAGAGAAAGCAGGGAUGAUUUUGAUCACAGUGGGGAGAAUGAAAAAACAGAACAUCCAGGACAUGAGUGAGGAGCGAUGGAAUGACAACUACACCAAGUUGAGGCUGUGGCAGCUUCCAUUUGAGCGACUUGUGUUCUUGGAUUGCGAUAUGAUAGUCCUUCAGCCACUGGACCACCUGUUUGCCUUGAAAGCAAACUUCGCCGCUGUUCCCGAUGCAUUUCAUCCCUGUUAUCUCAACACAGGGUUUAUGUUCAUCAGACCUCACAACGACACUUUCCAUGCGAUGGCUACUCUCAUCGAUGAAGUCAGCAGUGAGGAAAGCGAACAGACGCUGGUCAAUCAUUACUACCUUGACAGGUACCACGUCUUGCACUAUACCUACAACUUCGCGAAGCACAAUGUUAUGUCGCCAACAAGAUUUCAGAUCUACGUCGAGAGGUACAUGGACACUGUGAAAGUCGUUCACUUCCUCGGAGUCAAGCCCUGGAUGUGCUCAAGAGACCACGACUGCAUGCGACAUGUCUCCUGGUACGGCGGUCAGAGCAACAUGUACUUGUGGUGGUCCAUGUUCGAGGAAAUGUGCGAGCUGGAGAAUGUAGUCUGCAUGAACUGA